CAGUUGUCACUUAUUAAAUUCACACAACCACUUCAAGUCGGACAUCUGCGAUCGUCUGUAACGCAAUUGUUUCUUAGUGCAUAUAAUCAACCACUUCAAAUCGGACACAUACCACCGUCAGUGACACAUCUGAUGUUUGAAUUAUUCAAUCAACCACUUCAAGUCGGACACAUUCCUCCAUCGGUGACACAAUUAUCAUUUAGAUCAUUCAAUCAACCACUUCAAGUCGGACACAUUCCUCCGUCAGUGACACAAUUGUCAUUUAAAUCAUUCAAUCAAGCACUUCAAGUCGGACACAUACCACAGUCAGUGACUCAAUUGACACUCAGUUACUAUAAUCAUCCACUUCGAGUUGGACAGAUACCACAGUCAGUGACAGAGUUGUCAUUUGAGGGGUACCAACACUCUCUUCAAGUUGGACAGAUACCACAAUCAGUGACACAGUUGUCGUUUAAUGUAUUCAAUCAACCUCUUCAAGCUGGACACAUCCCACCAUCAGUGAGACAGUUGUCGUUUAAUGUAUUCAAUCAACCACUCCAAGAUGGAAGUCUGCCACCAUCAGUGACACAGUUGUCAUUUAAUAUAUUCAAUCAACCACUUCUGGCUGGACAUCUGCCACCAUCAGUGAGACAGUUGUCUCUUAAUAGAUUCGAUCAACCGCUCCAAGUUGGACACCUGCCACAAUCAGUGACACAGUUGUCAUUUUAUGAAUUCAAUCAACCACUCCAAGAUGGACACAUACCGCCCAUCUGUGACUCAGUUGUCAAUGAAACUCUUCAACCAAUCUCUCCAAACUGGUCAUUUAUCCAACAAUGUUACACGUUUAACUUUNGGCAA